AUGCUUGCCGCUCCACUACAGUCGACUUCAGCUUUCAAUGAUACAGAUAUUGGCACUCAAUACCGCCCCGCCAAGGACCUCCAGGCGUUCAAUGCGCUUCUGCCCCCUGCUAUCGAGUUCGUGAAAGGUUCUUCUACCGGCACCAUUUCUGCGAUGGAGGGAAAGUACCAGCCUAUUAAUGCUGCUCCUUCAGUAGCACCUCCGAAGUGCGAGAAGGGCACCAAUACUCUCCCGGCGUCCCAAUCCGCUUCACAACCGACAAGCCGGGCUGGCCCAAGCAAGGCCACCAAGCAGAUGCAGGCGUCAACAUCCUCGUCAAAACAGCUGUACUCGAAAGCGAUUGACAUGUCAUGGCCGCCACAGACCAAGAGAGGCAGUGGCCUAAUAAACACCGGAAAUACGUGCUUCCUGAACAGUGCAUUACAGUGCCUAUUACAUACACCGCCCCUACUGCGCGUCCUGUUCCAGCACGGCCGGGGCGAACCAUGCGAAGUGCCGAAGAAUUCGUUCUGCAUGUCGUGUAACAUGAGGGAACUGGCAGCGGAUAGUUUCACGGCGAAGCACGCGAUGGUUCCGUAUACCAUCACUAGGGCUCUCCAACACAUAGCGAAGACCAUGCGUAGAGGCAGGCAAGAAGACUCCCAUGAAUUUCUCCGAUAUGCUGUAGACGCGCUUCAGAAGUCAUGUUUGGCCGGACAACCCCAGCCCCAGAGUAGGAAAGUCGAGCCGAAGCUCGCUGAGACAACUUGGGUACACAAAAUAUUCGGUGGUCGCUUGCGUUCUCGAGUAAAAUGCUUGUCGUGCGGACACAACAGUGACACCUUUGACAGCAUGCUGGACCUCAGUAUAGAUAUCUUCGGUGUUAGUAACCUCCGGGAUGCUUUGCGCAAGUUUGUUGCCGUGGAUCAGCUUAGGGGCCAGAACAAAUACAAGUGCGAAAAGUGCAAGAAGCAUGUCGCGGCCGACAAGCAAUUCACCGUUCAUGAUGCUCCGAUGGUGCUCACCAUCCAUCUAAAGAGAUUCUCUCCCAUGGGCCGCAAGAUCCCGCAUCUCGUUGGAUAUGACGAACGCAUCUCAUUACAGCCGGUGAUGAGCGAGGGUCAGCAUGGACCCACGUACACCCUCUUUGGCGUCAUCUCACACGCUGGUGGCGGACCAAGCUCGGGACACUACUAUGCGCACGUCAAAGAUGCAGCUGGUCAAUGGCAUGAGAUGAACGACGACACGGUCUCGAGGCAAUCAGGAGCCCCUCUCGGGAUGAAGAACGCCUAUAUUCUGUUCUACAUCCGCGAGAAGGGGCAGGCCUUGGAGGCUGUUGUCUCACAGCCACAGAAGCCUGCAUCAACGUCGCUGAAACCUGGCUUGGUCGCGUCAAUGAAGAAGAGGAAGGUUGUAGAGAGCGAGGAUGAGGCGCAGGAGGGCUCGUCGCCGAAGCAGCGACGCUUCAUUGGCCCCCUGCUUCCGUCGCCGUUGAUAGAGAAGCCGGACCCACAGGCGGAGGCCUUGAAGAAGAAGAUCGCCAAGCAGACCACGUCACCGACCAAGCCGUCGAGCGCGCUUCUGAGUCUAUCACAGUAUGCAGAUGAUGAUGACGAUGACGAUCUUGGCGAGAAGGUAUCCCUGGUCAUAGACAAGCCCCUUCCCGAAGCUCCCGCCCCAGCCGCUGACGCUGAGGACUUCGAAAUAAUUCCCACGCUUAGAGCGACUUCACCCACCGCUACACCUUCCUCCACCCCUACAAAAUCAAAAUCUCUUGGCCCGGUGUCUACUCAGUCAUUCUAUGCGUCGUCUUCGAAAUCCGAUCCUGAGUCCAGCAAGAAACGCAAACAUGAUGACAAGCACUCUAGUCCGCUGAGCCAGUACGCCCGGAGCCCGUUGAGGCACGAUCGCAAGCAUAGGCGGAAAUUCCGCGGAGGGAACAGCCCCUUCAACCGCAUGACUGGUGGUAACACGCUUAGUUUUGCUUCGCCUAGGAAGCGGUCGCAGUGGAAGACACGGUUUUAG